UUUAAGACCCAAAUUUGAUUGGCUAGCUGAUUGCUCCGAAUUGCUGUUACGCACGUCGACUCGUCUGUCUUCUUCCACCAUGGACAUCAGCUCGACAGCUCGUCAUCAGCUGUGGGAGUCGUCCUUGAUUACUACAUCGCGCGGUCGACCACCACGCAAGGCGGUGGAGGCAUAACGCUCCACGGAUGUCGAGCGCGAACAUGUUCCGGGACGGCCAGUAUCUGGAAGUGAUUAAGGCCUCGAACGAUUGCCUGGCGACUGCCGUGGUCACCGUGCAAGAAAAAACGGUAGAAAUCAAGAACCAGAAGGUCGUCACGAACAAGUGGCUGCAAGUCGAGGACUGGGCGGCUCUCUAUAAGAUAUUGGAGCGAGCGGUUCUGCGAAACGGCCGUCAGGAUGAUGAAUCGCAUCGCGAAGGACGGGGAUGCGAAUGGAGAAAGUCGACUCGUCAGUUGGAAGUCACAUACACUUUCGAACAUCCAGAAAACGCAAGUGGCAUGCCGUCUUUGCCCACGAUCAAGGUACACGUGUCACCAGCCCGGAAGAAACCGGUGAAGCGAGAGGGUGACGAAAUCUCGAAGAAGAGUAAAGUGAAAAUGAAGAACGACGCAAUGAAACGAACGAAAGAAGAAAAAUCUCCCAUUCAAACAUUGACAAAAACCGAUCGAUUAAAGAAGACACCGAAGAAAUCGACGCAGACUAUCCCAAAAAAGACUGAGACUCCGAGCGCUAGCGUGAAGGAGCAGAAAGACUUGAAGAGGAAAAAGUGUUCGAUAUAUACGCUCUUCGAAGAUUUAGAGAACGCGCCGUUGGAAGAAUACAUCCCGGAUGCGCCGAAGACAAAGAAAUCGUGUCCAUUCAAAUACGUUCCCAGCCAGAAAAGCGCAUUGGAAAAUAUGCGAUCAACGUUGAACGAAUACACGCCGACUCUGUGCGAAGGCAAAAGCCUCAUCGCAGAAAAUGUGAGUUACGUGCCGAACUCCGUUAACAAAGUGGAGACGAAUUAUGAGAUUUACGAACCAAGCGCUACCACAGAGAUACCCAACAGCGUUUUUGAAGAGUAUGUGCCUAAUUCCAAGGGUCUCAACCCCUCUAUAGAAGAGUAUGAGCCUGAUUUCAAAUUCCCGAGUAAACUGAUGAAGUUCGACGAUAGUUAUGUGCCCUCGAGCGUACGACGAAGCGUAUCAAAUGAUUCGAAAAAAACUUCGAGCAAACAGGAGAAGUCGAAGCUGCAGAAACUAGAAGCUCAUCGAAAGGGGGUAGUAGAUAAGAAAAAAAUGAAUCUUUUUUCGUGAGAUACACACACGUGUGAAGUGCUCAAACGUGGUUAUAAGCGACUAAAGAAAGUUUUGCAAG